UACAACGUCUUUGACUGAAAAAUUCAAAAUCAAACAAGUACCUUGUCCCAUUAUCUGUGAAGAAAAAUUUUUUUAAAAUCAAAUAUGUCUUCAAAUUGUCGUUUAUUUAUUGUCAUUGUAUUUUUAAGUAAUAUUUUUCAUUUUAUACGUGGAAUGAAAGAAGAUUUGAAUUUUUAUUUACAGGAAGUGGAAAGCCUCAGUGAAUUGCCAUUGAAUCGAUUGAUUCAAUUGAAAUCUGCAUUUUCCGACAAAAAUAAUAAUGGAGAGAAUGGAACUCUAUCUGUGAGCAGUAGAAUGUCAUCUCUUUCACUUCCGUCUGCUCUUCCUCUUAGACGAAGCGAUAAACAACCAAUAAGACGAUACGAGGAAUGGCAUGAAAAAGGAGAAAAAGAUACGAAAAUUUCAAAAAUUUUCCAACUCUCCAUAACGACAUUGUCAUUUUUGGCGUUUGGCGGUUACCUUCUCACAUUAAUUAUUAUGGCAAUUAGACGUACAGUUACUCCAACCACAGCAAGCGUAAUAGUUCUCUCGAAUUUGAAUAAAUUAAGACCAAAGAGAAAUCUUUUCGUAUUAGAUCCAAUGGAAAAUGAAUUUGAUACUGAAAAAAUGUAUAAAGGAAUGAUUAUGCUGUCUCGAGGAUAUGCUCUUUAUAAUCAGUGAAUAUAAAGACGAUAAAUACAAUGCGAAAGUAUAAGCAAAAAAAUUUAAUUUAAUUAGAUAAUUAUGGAAAAUAGAAAAAAAAAAAAUUUCUAUUUCAAUGAAUAUUGUUUGAAAAAAAAAUUGAAGUCAAAAGUAAUAAUUUAUUUAAAUGCAAAAAAUCAUCAACAUUUUUUCUAACGGAAAAAAUAAAUUUUGUUAUCAAAAAAUGUUUUCAAGUAUAAAAAAGUCGUCAAUAAUAAAUUAGACGUCAAUGACAUGAAUGUCAUUAAAUAAUAUAAAUAAAUAAUUAUUUAAGAAAUGUGUUUAAGAUUAUAUCGAAGACAAAAUUAUUAUAAAAUUUAUUUAUUUAUAAAUUUCAAAAAAGUAAAUAAAAAUAUUAUUUAGCUCAUUUUUAUUUAUCAUAAUUUAUGUAUGAUUUGCAUUUAAUGAUAAAACGAUAACAAACUAUGUAAUAAUUGUAUUGUUUACAAUAAGUGACGUGGAAAUUGUGAUUCAGAGUUUCACUAUUUACGUAAAAAUGACAACACCUAUUGCAUAUAUAUAAUAUUUUUAAUUAUUAUAACCUGAUCUAUCGUAUGAUUUGACGCGCCUCCUUUUUAACCAAUCAGAAGUCAAUUUGAACAAACAUGUUUAUUUGUAUUUUUGAGAUAAUUUCAAAUAUAUUAUAUGUGUAUUUGCCAUUUAUCUACGCGUAAAUUUUCAUUUAAAAGUUUGUGAAUAUUACGUCACUAUAUUUAUACUUGUAUGCGAAUAACAUAGUUUGACCGCAGAUAGCAUGUAAACAAAUCAAGUUUAUUGAACAAGGCAAUAAACUCAACUUGCACUUACGUAAAAAGAAAAUCUUAUGUUUACCGAUUUUCUGUUAUUAUAUUCAAAAUCAUAUGACAAAUUUAAUUAUUAUUUUCAAUUUUUGUUUUAAUUUAAUGAAAAAAAUAUUUUUAGUACAAUUAUAUUAUUAAAUUAUAUUCUAUAAUAUUAUUAUUAAAUUUAUAUAUCACUAAAACAAUUAAUAAAAUGACAGAAAUAAUUAAUAACAAUCAAUAGUUUAUUAAUAAAAAGGUAAAUAAUAAAAUUAUACAAAAUUUUAUCAUAACAAAUCCAAAAGUGCAAACAAAAUUCUUUUUACUAUUGCCAAAUGGAUACAACGCAUGUAGUUUUAAAAACAAAACCACGUGUCGCAUUUACACGUGUUUUUGUUUUUCAAUAAUCAAUCGCACUAUUUUACCCAUUUCUGUAAAUAAAUAAUGGCCAAAUAAAAAAAAUUUUAAAUAAUAUUUUAUUAUUAUAGAAAAUUAUAAUAAAUAAAUAACGAAAUAAUUAUAUU